AAAACAUUUUUCAUGCAGUCAUUAUUGAUAACGACGUUUUUUGCGUAACAAAACACGUCAAACAGCGACGUUGACGUACGGACUUCAAAUUGGCCUCUUUGCUUUCCGUAGCUCCAGCCGGCUACGUUGGCAACAUGGCGUCGUCAGAUGUCCACGUCCGAAUAUGCGAACAAGAAAUACUCAAAUAUGACUUGGAAAUUAAAGCUCUCAUCCAGGAUAUCAGUGAGUGCACAGGCCCUCAAAGCAAGCUGACAGAAUUAAAUGGAGAAGUGAAAAAGAACUUCCUCAGCUUAAGACUACGGAUUCAGGACUUGGAGCAGAUGGCAAUGGAGCAGGACAAAGAGUCAGACAAGCAAGCCUUGAUGACUCAGGUAGAAGGCCACAGAAAACAGAUGCUCAGUAACCAGACAACCUGGAGGAAAGCCAACCUGGCCAGCAAACUUACAAUCGACAACAUGGAAAAGCAGGCCCUUCUUAAUGGAGCUGAUGAUUCUGUGAGACAGAGGAAGAUGACCAAAGAGGGUCUGGCCCAGACCACCAGCGACAUCACCGAAAAUCUUAUGAGCAUCAGCCGAAUGAUGGCCCAGCAAGUUCAGCAGAGCGAGGAGACCAUAACGUCACUAGCAACCUCCUCCAGAACGAUCCAAGAGACAAAUGAUGAGUUUAAGACCAUGACAGGGACCAUUCAGAUUGGGAGAAAACUCAUCACCAAGUACAACCGGAGGGAGCUCACCGACAAGCUGCUCAUCUUCCUGGCGUUAGCUCUGUUUCUCGCAACAGUGCUCUACAUCCUAAAGAAGAGACUGUUCCCCUUCCUGUAGACCAGAAGGGUUCUCCCGUGAGCAUGAAUGGUACUUUCCAUAGUCAGUGGGAAUGAUUUAAACAACUCUGAAUGCUGCGUGCCAUGCUAGACGCAUUACGGCGUCUGCACGGCGGAAUGCGAACUGCUUACUUGACUGAACUGAGACGCUGCUGAGAGUGAAAUAUUGUCCACGCAGAGGGAGAGCGACCUACAGGCCUGCAGCUCAGAGGCAGACUAAAGGAAAAAAAAUAUUUUGGCUUCAGGAUGUAAAACGUGUCUUUGUGUGAGGGAAACUUGUUUGCUGAUUAUUAUGAAACAUGAAAUAUGGUACAGUAUGAGGAAUAUCAUGGUUUCAUUUGGAAAAAAGAAGUCAUUUUUAGCUUCAACAGUUUUUUAUUGGCAAGUCAAUCACUGAACUAUUAAAGUAGCAUGCAGUGCUAUUAAUUACUGUUAAUUCAAGGCAAAAAAUGCUAUGUAAUGACAUUAUAUUACAGACAUAUAUAUUUGGGAUCAAAACAAGGCCUGUACAUGUUUUUGCAUCACCAGUGGAAACCAAGCCAUUUACCACGAUCCAGUUUCCCACAAUUACUUUUAAUAACGUUCCAGCUUUAUAUGUAAAUGCUAUUUGUCGGAAUGCACUGUGCAACUUACAUUACUGUACUCCGUAAUGAUGAAUUAAUGUUGUUUAUGUGAAAAGAAUAUUUAAGUACUUUUUAACUUUAUUAUGAUUCAGGCUCAAUUGCACUCACUUCUCACUGUGUUUUCCUACUUGAACAGCACUUGUAGGGUGUAUAUACACUUCUAACUGUCCCUAUGUUUAUUCACUUGGCAUGCAAAUCAAAGUAAAAAAAUACCCCUUUAUUAAGUGUAAGACUGGAUGCAGUCUGCUCCGUCUCUGCCGGUGUGGCUCUGCAGCAGAGCAGAAAAGCUCCGAAAAGCACCAGCAGUGUUCACACUGGCAGAGAUAGGACAGCAUGCAGCCCUGCCUUUCUUCAGAUAAGACCCGGAAAAGCAGAUUAUUCCAACCUGUUUCCCUCUCCCUUUCCAGCGUGAGUGGAGGGUGAGGGAUAUUUUUAGGUUUGUGUGGCGCUGUUAUCUGACGUUCCCUUUUCAACACUACAGAGGAGAGGGUGGCCAGAGAAGCCACAUGACCUUGCCACCCUUUGGGCAAUUGCCUGGCAUUGCUGUUUCAUUUUUAUUAUCUGUAAAUGUCAUCGCUAAUUAUUAAUAAACACAGUGGCUCCCA